AUGCAGAUUUCAUAUGUACCAUAUAGUUGUGUCCAGCCAGAGAAACCAUUCAAACCAUUAGUGAAUAUAGCACCAACUGGUCCAUUCAAUGAUCAAACAAACUAUCGUACAGAAUAUGUGCCAAAGGUUAUCUGUCCAUGUUGUCCAGCACAAUUUUUAAAUCAAGAACAAAUUAGUCCAGAUGGAUAUCAAUUUAAUAGUUACGAUGAACGUGGUCAUCAGUUGUAUCAUCAAGUUGGCAGAGGUAAAGUUACCUUGCCACCAUUACCAGUGAAAUAAAG